UUAUGUUUUGUUUGUUCAUUUAUACGGGUUAGUUUACGCUUCAAAAAGUAUCAAUUAUUCGACAAAUUGAAGCACAAUCAUUAAUUUUAUUUAAAACACAAAUUUUACAUUUUUGGAACUUUAAAACAAUAGAUUAUUAACAUUUCUUAAAAUGUUGCGAAUACCUGGAAUGCCUUUAUUACCUGGCACACAGUUCCGAGAUCUUACAAAAUCGAACUUUGCCAAAUCACAAUCAUUACUCAAUUACUAUGGCAUUGGAAUGCUAUCCGACAGAGAAGUCCCCAAACUUGUUGAUCCUAGGGGUAUGAUUGUUGAUCCAAACUGCCCUCCGCCGGAAAUUCCGUCAAUAGACUUACCGAAAGCUGGUCCUAAACUUCCAACAUGGGUGGCCUACGAUAAGCAAGUACUUUGCUUCGAUGGUUAUUUCAAGGAAACUCUACAAGAGGUCUAUCAUGCUCCGUAUCUUGUAAGAAAAGUCAAAAUAUGUUAUUUUCUUGAAGAUGAUACCAUUCAAGUUACCGAACCUAAAGUAGAAAACUCAGGAAUAACGCAAGGUUGUUUGGUACACAAGCAACGGGUACCAAAGCCAGCACCAUGUGAAAAUGAAUGUAUUUCAAUUUUGGAUUUAAAUGUGAACACAAACAUUCAGAUUUUUGAUCGAGUUUAUCACAUUACUGGUUGUGAUUUGUUCACACGGCAUUUUUUAAACAGAGCUGGAAUUCCUGUGCCAGAUCCAGUUGACAUGCCAUUAGAUCCUACCAUAGAACAUAGAAAGAGAUCAGUCAUCAAACAUUCUGCCCCAACAAACAGGAAGCAUGCAUUUGCUCAGUUCUUGCAAUUCGAUAGAAAGGUACUUAGGUUCAAAUGUUAUUGGGACGACCGUUCUGAAUUCGGUGAUGUACGCAAUUUAGAGCUAUGCUACUAUCUUUCGGAUGAUACAAUGGAUAUAAAGGAAAUCUUUCCUGUUAACUCUGGAAGGGAUGGACCCACAACUUUUCUUAAGCGCGGAAAGCUACCAAAGGAUGGACAAGGGUUACAUCUCCCCGGGGAACAAACUGAAAUGACGAUUUUAAACGUCCUUGGAGGUGGUCUUCGAACUGGAAGAUAUAUUACCGAUAUUCUCGGGACUGGGAAAAAGGAUUUCGCCUUUUAUACAGACAAAGAUCUUCAAAUUGGAGUUGUGUUAAAUGUUUACGGACGAAAUGUUGUACUGACAAGUUGCGAUUCAUUUACAAUGGAGUAUUACAGAAAGAAGUAUGGACUUGAGGAUUUCAGCCCAUUACCAUUACCAAACCACUAUGAAGAUCAAAUUGCUCAGAGAAUGAGGGAAAGACAGCUUCCUCCCUACAAUGGAUGGGGUUCCUAUGAAGAUUCUGAAGGAAAUUGCAUUUCUGUUGAGCCAAAACCUCCACAGGGAGAUUUCAAGAAAUUUGUAACUUUGGAUAAAUUUAUUUUAAGAUUUGGAGCAAAAAUGAUUUCGACAAUACGUGAAAACUGUGAACGAGUAUUCGUUGUAUCGUAUUAUCUUUCCGAUGAUACUAUUCAAAUAUUUGAAGUCGCUGAGAGAAAUUCAGGAUUUUUGGGCGGAACGUUCUUGAAACGGGGACGUAUUUUAUUGCCAAAUCAAGAAAAGUUUUCAUGUAAGAGACCAGAGUAUUAUAGGCCUCAUCAUCUUUAUAUCGGAGCGACGGUUAAUUUAAAGGACCAUAUAUUUUCGUUGGUUUCGGCGGAUGAAUAUACAUUGAUUUACAUGGAGUCACAUCCAUUUGAGUUUCCUCUAGCCGAUGUUCAAAUCAUAAUGCACAAAAUACGCGAAGCUCUUCGUCACAACUAUAAGAACUUUAUUGAAAAACAUCUUCCAGAAGGCUUCAGUGAGUCGGAAACAAAAUUAAUCAGUUAUGAAACACUGAAAAAAAAUCUAAUUGAACUUCUUGGAAACAAUAUCACCGAUCAAGAAAUAAUUACACUUUGCCGAUUCUACUCCGCGGAGCAAAAACCUCCUUCGUCAUGUAAUCGCGAAACUGUACGUUCUGCAAUUCAUUUGGAAAUCCGACGAAAUCUGUGGGACGACAUGGAUCAUCUCAAAGAGCACGUUCACCAUAUUAAUCCAUCGCAUAAAUCAUUCAUAUCGGAAAGUACACUUCGUUCAAUAAUCACAGGUUGUCGGUUACCAUUUACAACUGAGCUUAUCGACGAUAUGUUUAAGGUUUUGAAUCACAAUGAUAUGGGGGAGAUAGAAGUUUGUGAUUUCAUGUCAUUUGUGGAUGUUAGCUGCAACCCAGCAUCAGAUAUACCACCUAUAAACUACGCAUUCGAACUGUGUCCAAAAAUUCCAUUCCUUCAUAAGGGUCGUUUAGUGAACUGGGAUUGCUUUGUACAGCAUCUGGGAUUGGAAAAGGAAUUAAUUGAAGAAUCGAAUUAAUGUAAGAUUUUGUACUCCCAGCCACUUAGAAAUAAAUCAAUUGUUUGUCAAUAAUAAUCAAUUGAUGGUUGAAAAAAAUUUAAGUUAAGCAUUUUAUAAAUAAAAUAUUGAACAAUCUUAC